AUGGUCGUUUACCCGUUCAAAGAUGGAACUUACGACAUCGUGAGCAACAGCGUGAGACUGAGCGGACUAUGGGAGCCACAAGAGAGCAGUAUCAUCCAGAGCCUUCCUCGUCCUUCUUUCUUUGUGGACAUUGGGGCAAACAUAGGUUGGCAUUCCCUCCUCGCUCUCUCACUUGGACACCGAGUGGUUGCCUUCGAGCCGCUGCAUUCCAAUGUGAACCUUCUCCAGCAUAGUCUUUGCUUGAACCCAGGGCUUCGUGAGAAUCUCGAGUUGCACACCGUUGCACUUACUGACCAAAAACAGCAUGACUGCCGCAUUGCUUUCCAAGACAGUAAUGCAGGCAACGGUGUACUGCUGUGUGGGAAUCAGAGCAAUGGAGAUCCCCGAGGUGUUGAGCAGAAUGCAGAAAAAACGAAGAUAGGCAGACUAGAUGAUUAUCUCCAUCCUGGUCAGGAUAUUGACUUGAUCAAGAUAGACGUCGAGGGAAACGAGCUUACAGUCCUCAGAAGUGGUGAAAGGCUGUUUGACAGAAGCACGGGGCAUCGACCGCCUGCACGCAUCAUUUCAGAGUUCGCUCCCAGAUUGAUUAACGAACUUGGUGAUAACCCUGCAGAUUACUUGAGGUUUCUUGACAGCAAGGGAUACCUGUUGUAUCACAUUGAGAGGAAUGUCGAAGCUUGGGACAAACCUCUACACGAAGCCGACUCCUCCCUGACAAGAACCAAGACACCGAUCCUGUACAGCGAGUUUGACGUUUUUACCCUGAAACACUGGGAUGCAAUUCUAACAAUAGAUGCGAUUCUACCUCGAGAUCGCAAAACCUGA